AUUUAAAAUGCGUCAUAAAUUAUAAAUUGCUAUUUGUCAAUUUUUGUUAUGACAGUUAUAAGCAGGUUCUAUUCUAGUUGUAAUUUUGUCUUUUAAAUAAAUUAUUGUUGUAAUAACUAAGACCGAUACAGUAUUUUGUAUAUUAUGCAUGAUAACUAUUCACACGAGGAAGAUGGCGUUGUUUACGUUGAUGAAAAUAUACCUGGCUCUGAGGAUCAAACUAAUGAGUAUAUUAGUUUAAUAGAAAAAAUUAAUUCUCAACUUACACAUAACUGUGACUGUAAUGUAAAAUGUAAAGAAGAUUGUUGUAAUUGUCUUCAAAUUUCUGGUGGUGCAAAUUAUACUUCACAUAUCGAAUCACAAUAUCUAGAGAUAUUUAAAUUAAAGGAAGAGACAGGUUUGCAUUGUUACCCAAUAAUUGAAUGCAGUCAGCAUUGCAAAUGUUCAGAAAAGUGUGGAAAUAGGGUUGUUCAAAACGGACCAAUAGAUACACUGUUUGUGACAACUUGUGACAAUAUUUCGAAAGGUUUAGGGCUAUUUACAAGGGAAUUUAUACCUAAAGGAACAUUUGUAUGUGAAUAUGCUGGAGAAGUCAUAACAAAAUCAGAGGCCUUACGUCGCCAAACAUAUAAUCAAACACAUAGUAAAAUGAAUUAUAUUUUUUGUUUAAAUGAACAUGUUAAUGGAAACAUUAUCCAGACAUUUGUAGAUCCUAGCUUGUUCGGCAAUAUUGGAAGGUAUAUAAAUCAUAGUUGUGAAUCUAAUUGUGUUAUAAUACCGGUUAGAGUUGAUUCUCCCAUACCUAAACUAGCCCUUUUUAGCUGUGUAGAUAUAUUUGAUAAUGGUGAAAUUACAUUUGAUUAUGGUUCGAGUUAUCUAAAUAGUUCUACUGAAUUAAUUUCCAAAAAUUUGAAUAAAAGAAAGAUAUGCUUAUGUAGAAGUCCAAAAUGCAGGGGAUUUAUGCCAUAUGAUAUUUACUAGGAUCAUAAAUUUUUUAAAUAUUUUUAAAUUCUAAAAUUCUUUUUAAAUCCAGUGUUUGAUACCAAUGAUGAGUUGUCUAUGUUACUGUAGUACAUCUGAAAAUUGCUAAUAUUGGCUAUUUAUUUAAUAGUAAAUUUGUUAUAUAGUUACUUUGAUUCUUUAUGGAGUAGUUCC